CCAGCAGAUUGAUUACACGCGGGGCAUCUAUUUUGGUAGCUUGCUGAGCUAGAAGUGUGGCUAAGCUGGAAGCAGUAUACGAAGCGGGAUAGAAGCCUUCUAGCGCCCUUCUCGAAUGCUACCGUGCCCUCUCACGGCCUCUCUACCACCGCCCACAUCGCCGUCCAUACGAACUUACCCCAGCGCAUCCAGGUGCACUCCCAGCCUUAUGCCCUGAGGCUGGCGGACGUCAAGCGUAAACGAGCUCUUGUCGCAACGCCAGUGAGCCUUGGCAAGCGCCGAUAUCGUCGUCUCUCACUCUUGUUGUUGCAGUUGACUAGGCAGUGCCGUGGGCGUGUGCAUAUCGGCGAGGACUAGAGGCUGUGGGAUUGCGAAACGACACGAUGGGGGUUCUCAGGGGAUUGUUCUUGGGCGUUUACGCCUCGAAUGGGGGUAUAAGGAGGUUGUUUCUGCCGCUGGUCUAUCUGUUGUUCAGCAGUCCGUUCGUCAUACUCUUGCUUCGCUACUACCGCUUGGAUUCUAAGGUCAGAGCAUACGUCCCGCUAGAUUUCAAAGCGCCAGAUAUUCUGCCUCAGGUCUUCAUCUCGCUGGUUGCGGUGCUGCUUGCUACAAGAGCUAUUUCAGGAAGCAAUUGGAGUUCGAGCAAAGAUGGCCGGAAGAGGAGGGUACAACUCUUGCCAUACUGGAUCCCGGGAGUCCGACAUUGGGGAAGCAUUGUAUUUGGGGGAGAGGGAUGGAUGAAGAGCGUGAGGGAGACGGCCAUGACGAGCAUCGUUGCAUUUAAUGCUGCAGGAGCGAAGCACAACGUUAUUCUCUUAGCACCACUCCUGGACCAGCUUUUAGAGAGAUCUGAUAGCCUGGACGAAGCCGAGAUCAGCAAGUGGGCUAUCCUCCGAAAUGCAUUUCGCAUGCCGGGUAGUGCAAAGGAACAGUACUUCCAGCUUCGACCGGCACUGUCGAAUGCAUUCAAGGAAAAAAUAUUCAAAGGAGCUCAGAUGGAAAAGAUCAUGUCCUCCUCCUUGUCGGCCCUUUCCGAAACGCUACCGGAUCUGAUAACGUUCAACUCCUCCAUCGUCGACCAAAUGCCGUGGGAGCGUGUAGCUGAUAUAGAGCUCACUGAUGGAACAGUCGAAGCAGAAUGCGAGCUAUUCGCCCUCAUCAACGAGUUUUUCUGCAACGCUAUCAUUUCUCCCAUCACUGGCGCUCACUUUCUCGAAUCGUAUCAGCUACUUGCUUCGGAUCUGUCAACAUUCAACCAGCUCUUCUAUGCGCUCGCUCUAGGAUUGCCGCGAUUCUUCCCUGCGCCAGGACUACCAGGGGCUAUGUUGGCAAAGAAUAGGCUGUUGCAGAAUUUCAAUAGGGUCUUCAACGAGAUUACAAAUCCGCCGAAAAAGAGAGUACCGGACGAUGACGAGAGCAUGAGCGGGGAGGAGACGGAUGCUGAUACUCCGACGCCACUUACAGCGCUGAAUGAGCUGUUCAUGAAGCAUGAUGUGCCGAUAGCUGCACGCGCUUCUAUUACUCUGCAGCUACUUCACAGUAUCUUUGCAGAAGUGGUUCCGCUGGCAUUCUGGACAUUACUGCACAUCCACUCCAUUUCAGCAACUACAACAAAGACCGGGGACCCGGAAGAGACGCCGAUCGAGCAGAUAAAAAAGGAAACAAAGAUUUGGGUUGAAGCUAUUCAACCACCCUCUCUACAUCCUUCCUUCCCAGCUCCUCCAGAAAUUUCUUUUGCCGGGGUCCCCCGAGCCGUCUCUGCAACCUCCUUUCCAUACCUACGCUCAUGCAUCAACGAAGCUCGAAGGCUUCACAAAGCUUCUGACACGACCAUUCGAGUCACGAAGCCUCUCACUCUCACGGAGACAUAUAACAUCCGGGGACCUGAUGCCCAAGAGCAGUGGGAGCUAGACGUAGGAUCCUAUAUCGACGUCGGCCUCUCACAAACCCUCAUCAACACCUCACCUGCCGCCUUCCUCUCCCCGUCAGAAUACAAACCGGAUCGCUUUGUCGACGCCGCACCUCCAUCCACCGUAACCUCACCAUCUGACCCUCAGGAACCUUAUGCGACCGCUCUCCUUAUUGCCCUGGUUGCAGGCAUAGUGCAGCUCUGGGACAUCACGGCCGCGCCCAAGAAGUCGAUCUUCGAGCACAUCCAGGAAGCGCAAGCUGCGGCUGCUGGGGAAAAACAUGUUACAAAGCAGACGGGGAAGAAGCUUGGGACUUGGGUGGUGCCGAAGGCGGUGGAUGGGGCGAGUGUGAAGGUUCCGAAGGGUGAUGUUAGGGUGAGGAUUAGGAGGAGAGAGGGCUUGCCUGAGCGGAGGACGUUGAAGAAAGGGAGGUAGUGCACGCAUCAGUUAUGCAGCGGAACGGAACGCAGAAAAUGAACGGGUGAAAGAUCGGAUUCUCGCAAGAUGCUAGCUUGCACCAGCCGCAGGAGAGUGCGGAUCGGUAUAGCAGAUCCAGUUUUCCUCCAACAUCUUGACAUAGCAUAAUAAAAUGAAUAGGGAUAACCAAU